AUGGCGGCGUGCGACACGUGCCAGCAGUACUACCACCUACACUGCCUCAACCCGCCGCUGCAGCGCCCGCCUAAGAAGAGCAGUACGGCUGGUCAUGAAGUGUCCGCCGAUGCCUGCUGGCAAUGUUCUGAAUGCGACAAAACCUCUGACUCUGAGCCGGAAGUGUUAGAAAAGAAAGUGCCUCGCCGUUCGCGAAUAAGAUACAGUAAAGAUGGCGCUAUCAUUUCUGAGCCUCAAAGUCCCGGUUCGGUACCUAAUUCGCCUCCACCGAAAAAAGUUGAUAAAGGCCCUAAAACGGAAAAAUCCAAAGUUAAUGGUGUUGGGAUCACCGAAAAUAUUUCGCCGAUCAAAGUAACAAUCAAACCGUUCGAGUUCAGCAGCGACGGUAACGAAACAGCCGAAGUGAAAUCAAAGAAAGAUAAAAAAAUAAAGUCAUCAAAACAUAAAGAACAUACUACUGCAUCUGGAGGAGAGGAAGUUCUUAGUAAAAAGUUACAUAAGCGAAGUUUCACUUCGCCAACUCUAACGAACACUCCUCUUAUGUCAAUAACGCCUAUAGUAGCCGACAGCCCAAACGACUCUCACAACGAAAACUCAAAUGCGUCAUUGACAAAUUUAUCAGCGAAAAAAGAAGAUGGUUAUUUCUCACAGAACCUUUCAUUCUCAGCUCUCCUAAGCGAUUCUAAAGAGAGGGAUGCCAAAGCUAUCGAAAGUUCGAUUGAGAAUACCCUAGCCAAUCUUUCAUCUGAUAUAGCCACAUACAAGGCGAAUAGAAAGCGAAGAAAAGAAAAGCACAGGUCGAGGUAUUCCCCGGACUUGAUGCGAUCUCCAUCAAAAUCUCAUAAACAUAAACGAAAGAAGAAGACUCAAGAUAUGGAGAAUCCAGAACUACCGCAUCCAAGAAUUACAAUCAAGAUUAAACCUAUUCCAAAACCUGAUGGCUCGUUGGAUACACAGAUGUUUUAUGUUCCAACUGACAGCAAUGAUGGUCCUCCGCCCGCUGUUAUGAAGAAACUAUCAAAGCAAGCCCACGUAGCGCAGCAACCUGAACAAGAAUUACCCAAAUCUCCACCCCAACCGCAACCAAUAGAGGAUACCCCUGUUACGCCUGUUCAAACUGUUAUGGAGGAGAAAAAGGAAACAUCAACGGUGCCCGUGUCGACAAAACCUAAGCGUUCGCGUGAAGGUCGCGAGGGGCGUGAGGGGCGCGCGCGGCGCGCCUCGGGCGGCGCGCCGGCCGCCGCGCCCGCGCCGCUCACGCACUGCGACGUGUGCACUCAGCCCGGCGACGCCACCAACCUAGUGCGAUGUGACGAGUGCCACAAAAGAUAUCACUUCACCUGCUUAGAGCCGCCGCUGAAUAAGAAUCCGAAGAAACGCGGCUACUCGUGGCACUGUGCCGACUGCGAUCCCACUGACUUGGAGGAAAACAACUGA